GCGCGGGCUCCGGAGAGGAACAAAGGCGGCGCCCUGGCCGCGCUGCUCCCGCCGCGCCCGCAAGGUCAGCGCGCCCGCCCAGAGCCCGGGACCGCGGCCCGCGCCCCCCAACCCCGCUCACCUGCAGCCCCCGUCGCGCGCUCCGCCGGCCGGGCCCUGACCCACUUUCCGCCCAGGCGCGAGACGUAAACAAUCCCCGCCCCCUGCGCCCAUUGGCUCCGGCGGCGAGGGGCGGGCACGGCCGGCUCGGAGCUUCAGACGAGGGGGGCGGGAGUCGGGAGACAAAGCUACUGCCUAGAGGUUUCAGUACCUGUCAAUCCCAACCCAACGUUUCUACUGGUCGAUUUCCAAGCGGUUGGAGACAAAGCCCGCGAGCCCAUUGGAGACCGGCGGGAGGCGGUCCCGCAGUCAGAAUUGACACAAAAGUAGGUCCGCCUCCAUGUCCUCAUCUGCGCCGGAACCUGCGGGACUGGCUCGAAGCGAUUUGAUUGGCUGAGACAGGAGGAAUAGUCCUAUGAAGAGGAUCCAGGAGCGGGCGCGCACUGACCAUUGGCUAGAAGGCCCUUCGCUCUGGUUGGGAGGCUGACGGCCCGCGGGCGGAAGCGCGGGGUAGCAGCGAGCUCCGGCCGGCGGCGGGAUGGAGGCGGCGGCGGCGGCGGCGGUGACGGAGCCUGGAAACCUGGCCGGCGUCAGGCACAUCAUCCUGGUCCUGUCGGGAAAGGGGGGCGUUGGGAAAAGCACCAUCUCCACGGAGCUGGCCCUGGCACUGCACCAUGCGGGCAAGAAGGUGGGGAUCCUGGACGUGGACCUGUGCGGCCCCAGCAUCCCCCGCAUGCUCGGGGCGCAGGGUAGGGCCGUGCACCAGUGUGACCGCGGCUGGGCGCCCGUCUUCCUGGACCGCGAGCAGAGCAUUUCGCUCAUGUCCGUGGGCUUCCUGCUGGAGAAGCCCGAUGAGGCUGUGGUGUGGAGAGGCCCCAAGAAAAACGCACUGAUAAAACAGUUUGUGUCUGAUGUGGCCUGGGGGGAGCUGGACUUCCUGGUGGUGGACACACCCCCAGGGACCUCCGACGAGCACAUGGCUACUGUGGAAGCCCUGCGGCCCUACCAACCCCUGGGGGCCCUCGUGGUCACCACGCCUCAGGCGGUGUCUGUGGGGGACGUGAGGCGUGAGCUGACCUUCUGCAGGAAGACGGGCUUGCGGGUGAUGGGGGUCGUGGAGAACAUGAGCGGCUUCACCUGCCCACACUGCGCGGAGUGCACCAGCGUCUUCUCUAGGGGCGGCGGGGAGGAGCUGGCCCGGCUUGCUGGGGUGCCCUUCUUAGGUGAGUAUCCUGACCUGGUGCUGGGGUCCCGGCCUCCCUGUCCACAGCCUCUGCCCUGGGCGGGCUUGACCUCUGUGACCCCAGCGCCCAAGGGGAGGAGGGGACGGGGGCUGUUUCCUCCUCUCUCCUCAGGCCACACUCCGCACUGUGACCUGUGGCUCAUCCACCCUCGCCCUUCUCAAGGCACUCUCAGGGGCCACAGGACCCAGCCUGGAGGUGGAAGCCUCGGGGCAGUGCCUGCGCCCCCUCUGCGGCCGCGGGUGGUUCGGAUGGCAUCUGCUUUUGGCCAGCCGAGCCCGUGCUGGGAGCAGGAGGUGUGGACACGGUGCCAUCGCCUCCCUGGCCUCACUGUGCUGUGCAGGCUCUGUGCCCCUGGACCCUGUGCUCACGAGGAGUCUGGAGGAGGGUCAUGACUUCAUCCAGGAGUUCCCCGGGAGCCCCGCCUUCACCGCGCUCAGCUCCAUAGCCCAGAAGAUCCUGGACGCGACGCCCAUGUGCCUUCCCUGAUUAAGGCCGCCCUGCAGCCGCCUCCCAGAGCCACCAAGGGCUCUCUCCAGCUUCUCAGAGAAACGGAGCUGCCUGGGCUCAAGUCCGGGCCCUGCAGGGACAGGCCCGGGCUUCGUGAUCUGGGGAGCGUCUCCUCAGCCAGCCCUGCCCCUGGGAGGAGUUGGGCGUCAGCAGCUCUGCCUGCGUGGCCUGUGGCUGAGAGGGCAGCUCGGGGCCAGGUGCUCUGUGGCCGUUCGGCGGGCGGCCGGGGUCUUGUCCAUUCACGUUUCCCACGUGCACCCCGCGGCUGUGUGUCCACAGUCACAGAGCCCCUGGGACUCCUGCAGGCCUCAUGGGGCCCCAGGUCCCCAGCAGCCUGGGGUCACUGUGGUCUGUGUUCAGCUGGGGAGGUGCCCCCUAAGGGGGUGAACUGACCUCAAACAUGUCUUCUAAGUGGGAGGAUCCUGCCAUUAAAUGCACUGCCAUGAUUACGAG